AUGCAAUGUAGGCAGCUGCUUGCAGCUGGCGAUGUCGAGGUGGCGCUAUCGUACCUGCAGGAUGACCCUCUCACUGCCGCCUGUACGCACUUUCGCGACGGCAGCAACCUCUGGCACGUCGCCGCCGCCAGCGGCCACCUUCUCCUGCUGCAGGCGCUGGCGGACCGCCUCACCGCCCUGUGGCCCACACCGGGGGAACCCACAGGAACCCACCAUGGGGGGCAACAACAACGACAACAGCAGCAGCCUGAGCAGCAGCCUCAGCCCCAAUACGGUGCGCCGUCAUUCUGGCGGCUCUCGAACCCCUUUCUGCGGUGCAGUGACGGUUUCCGGCGCCGCGGCCCGGACUCCCGCCCCCGCCUGCCACUGGCGGCGCUCGUCAACGCACCCAACGUGCUGGGACAGACCGCGCUCAUGGCGGCGUGCAAGGGCGGACAUCCCGGUUGUGUGCAGUUCCUGCUGUCGAUGGGCGCCAAUCCCUGGUAUCGAGACCGCGCCAACUGUACGGCACUUCACUACGCCACUCUCCACGACCAGGGUCCUGCCAUCGAGGCCCUCCUGCAGCAUCAGGCCAGCGCCCGGCCCCCCCCGGGGACCCGGCAGAGCUUCGUGCGCCUGGUGGACGUGCCGAACUUCUGCGGCUACACCGCCGCGCACUUCGCCGCCGUCGCCAACAAGCCGCGGGCGCUGGCGGCGCUGCUGGCCUGCGGAGCCAACAUCGCCGCGCGGUGCUGGUCGGAGGGCAGCGACUGGAUCAGCGGGCCCCCGGGCUCCACCCCCCUGCAUCUGGCGGCACGGCGCGGUGACGUGGCGCUCUGCAAAAUGAUUAUGAGCCAUUACUUGGAGGUCCUACGGGACAGCGGCGCCCCUGAUCCCCGGUUGCAUGCGGACGUACGAGGUGUACGACCUUACCAGAGGGCGGCGGAACGGGGCAGUCGGGGGCUGGCGGAGAUGCUCAUGCCGUCGACACCUUUGUCGUACAUCCUAGGGUCCUUGUCCCGAGCGUCUUCCUUCGUCAACGGCGCGAUUCAAUUUGUACGGCGACAGUCCUUGCGCCCUUUGGACAGCUUCCGACGGCGCCUGCGUGCAUCCGGAAGGGGGGCUCAGGCCCAGGAUGGCUCACAGCAUGAUAGGGCCACAUCACGGCGUACGAGCACCGUCGGCGGCGCCUCGGAGACGGCAGCUGGCGGCCUGAUUAGCCUCAGCUGCUAUGACGGGGCCGCCAUCGGUGGCGGCGGCGGCGGCGGCAACAGAGUCGGAAGUGGCGUCUACAGCCAAUUUUCUCACACACCGCCGCUGCAUGGCGGCAUGCCGCCAGCUGGCGUACAGAGACCGAUAUCGUGUACGACAAUGGCGUCGGCGUCGGCAGCAACGAUGCCUGGGAUAGCGAUUGAGCACGGUUUUAGUGCCGAGACCGCCGCGAUCGCUGCCGGUGGCACGGCUAUUACGGCUGCAGUGACGGCGGCGGCGGCGGACGCCGCAAGUCACGGCCUGGCGGGCAGCGCCGCUGGCGCUGGUGCUGACGCAGCCGCUGGGCUGACGCCAUCGUUGGCAGUGGUGGCAGUAGCAAAGACGGCGGCGGCGGCGGCGGCGGCGGCCCUAUCCGGGGACAUCUCUCCUGUAAGAGGCAACUCUUUCGAUUCGGACACCCAUUUUCCGUACCUGCCUUCUCCGCCGUACCACCUUGUGCUGGCCACCGACGGCGGCCGCAGCGGCGUCACAGAGAUACGACCCGCUGGCGCCGCCGCCGCCGCCGCCGCAGCGGCGGGCUGCGGCGACGUCCAUGCCGACCCAGCGAACACUAACGCCAGGGCUAGUGCGCUAGUUGGUGGCGCCGAUGGCCCGACCACCGUCGGCGGUAUUGCCGGCGGCAGUCCCGCGAACGAAACCAAAACAGCCUUUGCCCCUUUUCGGACGUCGUACUGUCCCGUAUCCCUGCCAGUUUCGCUGCCGCCGCCGCCGCUGCAGCAUCCGUACCCGUCGCCGUUCGCCGUGGCGGCGCUUCAGGCGACGCCGCUAGACCGGUGCUCUGGCGCAUCUCCCGGCGGCGGAAGCCCGCGAUACAGCAGCGUCAGCGGCGUUGAUGUCGACAUCUGCCGCAGCCUGAGCGGCUGGUCGCCGCCGCUGCCCGUGCUACUGCCCCCGCCGGGAGCCUCUCUGGGGCUACAGCCGAUCCAGGAGGGACACCCGACGGGGCUGGCUGCCGCCGCUGGCGGCGGUGGAGGUUGCGACGGCUGCUUGGCAGGAAGGUUGAGUAGACGCGCGAGCAAGUACGUGCUGACACAGCCGCCGCCGCAGCCGUCGCCGCUACCGCACCCCGGCCCUGAUGACGAUGUCGGCGGGCGAUCCCCACCUGCCCUCCCUUCCCGCGGGAGCAGCUGUUGGCAAAUUUCGGGGGAUUCUGUACGGCGGUGGGGCCUGCACGGCGGCUCCCCGGCCGCGGCUACUGCCGGCAUGGGUGGGGACGAUCGCGUCAUCGCGAGAGAGUACUACAUGACGGGAAGGGCUGUAGCAGGCGGCGGUGGCGGUGGCGGAAGCGAUCCAGCGGGUGGCAGUCCUCCGUUGGGAGUCUUUCAGCUGCCGGUCGGGUUGGGAUGGGAGGCGUACGGCAGCGGCGGGGUCGCUGGCGGAGGCGGCAGCUACGGCCAGGUCAUCGGUCUGGGUGUUGCAGCUACUGCCGCCAGCCGGGCCGGCAGCGGAAGGCUGCGGGUGUCAGCCGAGUGCUCCAGGGAGGUGACCCGCAUGGUGGUGACGCAGCCGCCCUCGUGUCCCUUCUGCCGGGGUGUCGUACACGGCUUCGGGCUCUAA